CAGGGAGGCCGUGCAGCUUUUCCAGGACGAUCAGGACAGAGCUGGCGAGGCCAGCACCCUCCUGGCUCUGGCGCAGCUGCAGGUGGCGUGCAAGCAGAACACCGAGGCGCUCGCUAGCGUGAAAGGCGCCCGGAGGAUCUUCCAGGCGCUCGGUGACAAGAGCGGGGAGGCCAGAUCGAUGCAGACCGCUGGCAGCAUAUACCUCAGCAACGGCAGUAUCGACGAAGCCUUGAAGCUCAUCGGCGAGGGCAGGGCGAUCUGCCACAGCGACGGCGACAAGCAGGGAGAGAUGGAUGCCCUGCAGGAGAUCCUCCGCAUCCGCGUGGACGUCGUCGUGAGGGAGGAGGAGAGUGGCCGCCGACCGAGGCCGCAGACAGUGCAGGA